AUGAGCCAGCAGUGUGGUCUGGCAGCAAAGGAGGCUACCAGCACGUUGGCUGUGCUUCAGCUUGGAGAAUACGAGCCUGAUUCUGAAUACACCGUGUUUCAGGCUGCCUGGAGCCUGAAAACACGAGCUUUGACAGAAAUGGUGUAUGUGGAUGAAAUCGAUAUGGAUCAAGAAGGAAUCGCAGAGAUGAUGCUAGAUGAAAAUGCCAUUGCUCAAGUCGCACGACCAGGAACAUCUUUGAAACUCCCUGGAACCAGCCAAGGUGGAGGCCCUAGCCCAGCUGUUAGGCCAGUAACUCAAUCAGGAAGACCUAUUACAGGAUUUGUGAGACCCAGCACGCAAAGUGGACGGCCAAGUACUAUGGAACAGGCUAUAAAAACACCUCGAACAGCUCUCACAGCUCGUCCAAUUACUAGUGCUUCUGGGGGAUAUGUCCGGCUAGGAACGGCUUCAAUGCUAACAAAUCCAGAUGGCCCUUUCAUAAAUCUGUCUCGACUGAAUUUAGCAAAAUAUGCUCAAAAACCCAAACUGGCAAAGGCAUUGUUCGAAUAUAUUUUUCACCAUGAAAAUGAUGUAAAAAAUGCUUUAGAUUUGGCAGCCCUUGCCACUGAGCACGCACAAUUCAAGGACUGGUGGUGGAAAGUCCAAAUUGGGAAGUGCUACUAUAGGUUAGGAUUAUAUCGUGAAGCCGAAAAACAAUUUAAGUCAGCUCUCAAGCAACAGGACAUGGUUGAUACAAUCUUGUAUUUGGCAAAAGUGUAUUUGCGCUUGGAUCAGCCUGUAACGGCUUUGAACCUUUUCAAGCAAGGGUUAGAUCGAUUUCCUGGAGAAGUGAGUCUUAUUUGUGGAAUUGCCAGAAUCUAUGAGGAAAUGAACAAUAUCUCCUCAGCUGCAGAGUACUAUAAAGACGUCUUAAAACAAGACAACACUCAUGUGGAAGCCAUUGCAUGCAUUGGCAGUAACCAUUUUUAUUCAGACCAGCCCGAGAUAGCUCUGCGGUUUUAUAGACGGCUUCUGCAGAUGGGUGUUUAUAACUGCCAACUUUUUAACAAUCUGGGCCUCUGUUGCUUCUAUGCCCAGCAAUACGAUAUGACACUCUCUUCAUUUGAACGUGCACUGUUUUUGGCUGAAAAUGAGGAGGAGACAGCAGAUGUGUGGUACAACCUGGGACACGUGGCUGUGGGGAUCGGAGAUCUUAAUCUGGCUUACCAGUGUUUCAAGCUAACAUUAGUCAACAAUAACGACUAUGCGGAAGCUUACAACAACUUGGCUGUGCUGGAAAUGCGAAAAGGUCACAUUGAACAGGCAAGAGCUUUGCUGCAAACUGCUUCAUCUUUAGCACCUCAUAUGUAUGAGCCCCAUUUCAAUUUUGCAAUACUCUCAGAGAAGGUUGGAGAUCUUCAGAGAAGUUACACAGCUGCUCAGAAGUCAGAGGAAGCGUUUCCAGGCCAUGUUGAUACACAACAGCUCAUCAAACAGUUAAAACAGCACUUUGCUAUGCUCUGAUGAGCAUAUUUUUUAUUAUGUAAAAACAGUUAGCCAGGGCGAACGUCCCAUACAUCGUGUGAAAAUACUAGCU